AUGGAUUACAAAGUGAAUCAAAAAGAGUUAUGUGAUAAAUAUCUCAUACAAUACAACGAAAAUAAUGAGGGUUCAUAUAUAAUUGACAAUUAUAAUAAAUAUAAGAAAUUGUCUCGAUUUAACGACAUUGAUAUAAAUUGUUAUUCAAAAAAUAACAGCUGUGAUAAUAUGCAUAUGACAACAAACAAAUUUAAUAAUAAAGAAGGAGCAUCUAUUAUUGGGAAUGUUUAUCAAAAAUUUAAUGUGCAUAAUACUUAUAAUGGAAAUGUAGAUAAAAAGAGUGAGUUUGAAAAUAACAAGAAAGAGUCGUAUUUGUUACGAAAUGAUAUUGAGAAUAAAAAUGAUAUUCCUUAUAAAUAUAAUAAUAAUAAAACAAAUUUCUAUGAAAUUUCACAAAAAGAUAAAAAUAUAAUUAACAAUGAUAUAAUAAUAACACAAAAUGGCCAUAAAAUUGAAAACAAGCAAAAUGAAAAUAUAAAUUAUACAAGCAUGAACCAAAAUAAAAACAAAAAACAAUGUAUACUGGUUAGCGAUAUGCCUAAUCGAUAUGCAGAUAAUAAUUUAGAAAAUCGAACAACAAAAGAGAUAGCUAAAUCUCCUUAUGAAAAAAAUAACACUAACAUGAGCAAUUGUUCAAGAAUCGCUUAUACAAACAAUAAUACAAAUCUUGUAAAUAAAGAAUCAUAUAAUAAUAUAAGAUAUUCUGAUAAAUAUAAAAAUAUGAAUAAAAAGACAUAUCGUUCAGUGAAUCCGUUGAGUGAAAUAUUUGCGAAUGUCAUAUAUUCUAAUAUGCAGAAUAAUUCUAUGAAUAAAACCAAAGAAAUGAAAAAAGAAAAUUCUACUAAACAAACAGGUCACGAAGCGAAUGAGAAAACUACUAGCAUCAAUACUAAUUUGAUUAGGAACGAAGAUUAUUAUAAUAGUUCCAUUAGUACAAAUAAUAAUAACAUAAAUAACGAAAACGAUAUAAAUAAUAAUAAUAAUGCAAAAAUAAAAAAUAUUUAUAAAGGGCAAAACUACGAUGAUUACAAUAACAGAAAUCAAAUGAUAACAGAAUCUGGAAUUCAAAAAAUAAAUUAUCAAAAUUUAAAAAAAAAAAAAAAUUAUAAAAAUAAUAUUUAUAAUAAUAUGAAUAAAGAAAAUAUAGCUUAUUCAAAAAAUGAUCCCAAUAAUAUUAGUAGUAUGCAUAAAAUGGCAACGAUGUUAAAUUCAGAGAAUGAAGAGGAUGUAACUUAUUUAUUUCAGAAACAAAAAAUAGAUAGCAAAUUACAAAAAAAUGAAACGGUAAAAACAGAUUCUAAAAAAUAUAAGGGAUCAAAUUAUCUAAAUAGAAAAUAUAAUGAAAAUAGAUUCAUUAAUAUAAUUCCCAUGAAAAAAGAAAAUACCUCGAAGAAUUUUUCUGGUACUGGAACAGGAUAUACUAGUAUAUACAACGAAAAUAUAAAUAAUAUAAACAAUGUUAAUAAUAAUGGGGGAUAUAAAUAUAAUGAUAUAUACAAGAAACUGAUUAAUAAUUACAAUAAUUAUAAUUCGAUUCAUAACAACUAUAAUUCAUUUCGAACUUUUGAUGGAAAAGAUAGACAUGAAAAAAAUAGCAUAAAAAACCAAAACAAUAAAUUUCUCAAUAUUCCUACAAAUACAAAAUCUGUUGAAAAUUUAAAUCAUUCUUUCAAUUUAAAAAAAAAAUCAAAAAAAAAUAAAUCAGGAAAGAUUCAAAAUAAUAAUAAAAAUAAAAAUAGUAAUGAAAAUAUUAUAAAAAUCCAAAAACAAGAAGAAGGGCCAACAACAGAAUCAAAUAAUAAUAAUAAAAAAAAGAACAAUAACAUCAUUAAUAAUAUUGAUAAGGUUAAUAGUAAUGAUAAUGGAAAUGGUAGUAAAAAGAAAAAUGCAAAUAAACAUUUUAGUACAAAUUUGUGUAAUGCAUGUUUAAACGUUGAUGAUGAUGUUUAUAUUAAACAAAUUAAAGAAAUAAUUGAUAGGGACAUUAAUUUGUCAGAGGAAAAUAGUAAAAUAAUAUCUGAGUUAAAAACAAAUAAUAUUUUAAAUUCUUACAUUUUUAAAAAUAUGAAUUCUUUAGAAAAUUUUAAAAAAGGAGGAUUAACAUGGGUAGUAUAUCCAAAUAAUUUGAAUUCACAAAAUGAUAAUAGUAAUAAUAAUAAUAAUAGUUUAUUGUGGAAAUCUAAUGAUACUUUGGGUGUUGAAAAUAUUUCUGAAAAUACAGGACUGCGUUUAAAAAAUUCGAAGCAUACAACGAUAAAUUAUGAUAAAUUAGAAAAGGCUAAAGGAAAUAAUAAUGGUUAUUUAAAUGGUAGUAAUGAAACCGAAUUUUCCUAUGUAGAUUUAAUAAAAGAUAAUAUUUUUUAUAAUGAUAAAUAUAUAAUAGAACCCCUUAUAGAGAAUACAUGGUUAAAGCGGGUUCUAUUAAUAAUUAAAAAAGAAUCAUUAGAUUUAGAUGCGUUUAUGUUUAAAUUGAAAUACUAUUUUUAUAAAUCUGUUAUUUUUUUAUAUCAAGAAGGUAUCAAAGCAUAUUUAGGAGAUGUAGCAAAUCAAAUGAAAAUUUAUAUUAAAUAUAAUUUUUGGUCUGCUUCUGAAAUUGCUUUUAUUUUAUUACAACUAACAAAUAUAUGUAAUAUAAAAAUAGAAGUAAGAAUAAAAGGGGAGAUUGGUUGUGUUAUAUAUCUAAACGACGAACCUCCAAACUUUAAAGGAUUUGUUGAUAGUCAUACUUUGAAUAAUAUAUUUACUAAAAGAGAUUGGAUGUUGUUAAAUGAGUUUGCAAUACAAAUGAUGAGAUAUCAAUCAAAUGACGAUUCUAAUGAAAAUUGUAAUUGCCCAUUGAAUAAAAAUAUUAAUUCUCAAAAUUGUAUUUCAGAAAUAUUAUGUAUAGAAGAGUUAGAAAAAGAUCUUGAACCUGUUUUUAGUCCCGAUUUAAAUCAAUUGAUUUGUGAUAAAAAUAUGAAAGAAAAAUAUAACACAUCUGAACCCAUUUUACAAUUUAAAGAAAAUCCAGAAACAGAUACUCAAAUGAAUCCCAUUUCUACAUCUAACAAUGUGGAAGUAGAAAAUAAUGAUCAAUUGGCUAAUGAUUCUACAGAUGUCAUUACAACAUAUAAAAAUAAUUCUGUAGAAACGAAUACAUGUAUAUUUUGUUCUUCAUCAAAUAAAAAAAUGAAAUCUUAUAUGUUCAAUGGUGGUAGAUAUGCAUUUGCUGCUAAAUUAAAAGAAAAAAUAAAUGAAUUUAAAUUUAAAAGAUUAGGAGAUAUUAUACAUUUAGUUCAAUUAGCAAUACAUAAAGGAAUAUUUGUAUACUCUCAACGCAUUUUAUUACCAAUAUCUGCUUGUGAAAAAAGUGCUGAUGAAUUAUAUCCCAAAAUAAAAAGCUAUAAUUAUGAAAUUUGUAAAACUUUAAAUGAAGUUAUGAAUAUUAUUUCAUUAUUAGUUGAUCAUAGACCAAAUGGUUUAGUACUUGCUCAAUUAAAACAACAAUUUAUUCUUCAAUAUAAAAAAGAAUUAAAUAGUUUACAUUUUGGUUAUAAAAAAUUACAGAAUUUACUUUUAUCUGAUCCUUUUAAUAAAUAUUAUAAACUUUAUAUUCCUAAUGCAAAUUUGCACCGAACUCAUAUUCAGCAUCGAAAAUAUCAAACUCCUGAAAAUUGCAAAAUAUUCAAAAAAGAAGUUGAUGGUCUUUUCACUCAUCUAAAAUUUAUUGAAGACAAUGAUUUUUAUUAUCACUAUUAUUCUGGAUCACUUAAUUUUGAGGAGGAAUAUGAAACUGAAUUGGAAGAAAUAGAAAAAGAAGAUGUAAUUAAAACAGAUAAAAAUAAUGUUGAUAUUAUGGAUUCGAAUAAUUUGGUUGAUGAUCAAAUUUUUACAAAUGAAAAUACGAACUUAUCAAAAAAUAGUUUAGUAUCAAAUAAAAAAAAAAAAAAAAAAAAUGUAAACAUUGAUCUAAAAUACAAAAAUAUAAAUAAGUUACCUUUUUUUAUACAAGAAAGUAUAAAAAGUAUAUUUGAGUUUAAUGAAAUAGAUAAUAAUGAAAAAGAAAAUGAUGUAAUUGAGUCUUUAAAUAAAGAACAUGAAUUAAAUGAAAAUAUGCGUUUAAUUUUACUCAGCAUAAAUAAAAUAGAACAGGAAGAAGAUACUGGUAAUUAUAAUAAACCAGUAAAAGAUGAAAAAUUUGAUUUUCAAAAAAAUGAAAAUAAUAUAACUGAUAAUAAUAUUAAUAAGAGAAAUAAUUUAGUUAACUAUUUGUAUCAUAUAGAUUUUGAUACCGAAAAUAAUAAUGCAUAUAUACUUUUAUUUAAAAAAAUAAAAAAUAUAUUUAAUACUCCUUAUACAAAUAAUGAAAUUGAUGAUGAUAUAAAUAAGAAUAAUAAUUACUAUAAGGAUGAAGACGGUGUAGAAGAAAAUUGGAAUGAUUCUAAAUAUAAUAUAUGGAACUUUUUUUAUAAAAAAAAAACAAAUGAUUAUUUAGAUCUAAAUAACACAUUUUAUGUUUCUCCAAUUUUGAAUAUUUAUUCUUUGAUUAAAAAAUAUAAAAUAAAAAAAAAAAACAAUGAAAUCCUUUAUUCUGAAAAUAAUCAAAAAUAUACAGAGAGCACAAAUAUUGAGAAUGCUCAAUUUUCUACUUUACCAAUAAAUAAUAGUCAACAUCAUGGUGUGUCUAAUUAUAAAUAUCAGAAUAAUUUUGGAUAUUUUGAAGAUGGUAAAAAUAUUUCAAUAAAUGCUCAAAAUGAUCAUUCGAAUUUUUUUGACACAAACUCGAGUAUUCAUGCUGAUAAUAAAUAUAAUUUAGAAAAAACAAACUUAACAAAAACAAAUAAUCAAAAUAAUUUUAUUAAUAAUCCUGAUGGCAAAAAUCAAAAAUGUCAUAGUUAUAAUAGUGUAAAUAAAUCUGAAAAUUUUAUUUGCCAAGAAAGGAAUACACCAUCUUCUAAUUUGGGUUCACAUAAUAAUAUAGAUGUAAAACUUAACAAUAGCAAUGUUAAUAAUAAUCUAGUUAAUUGUUCUAGUAAAUUAACCAAUAAGUAUAAUCAAAAAAAUGUUAACAAAUAUUAUAAAAUUGAAAAAGAAGGAACUAUUAAUAUGCUUAAAAAGAAUUUUAUUAAAUUGGAUCCAAAAGAAAACUAUAAUUAUUUAGUUCAGAAUAAAACUAAUAUUUAUAAUGAAUAUAUAAGCGAUUCUUUGCAAUAUGAUGAAAUUGAAAAGGAGUCUCAGAAUGUGUCAAUAAGUGUGUCUAAUCAUAUGAAGAAUACAUUUAAUGGUUUUGGAACAAAAUUAAAUAUAAAUAGUUCCAAUAAUUCCUUAUAUAAUAAUAGUAAGAUCAAGAUCAAUAAUUUAGUGCACUAUGAUAAAAGUGAUAAAAAUAUUUAUUUCGAUACGCAAAAAAUGGAUGUAGUAAAUUCAAAUAAAAAUUCGAACGUGUUUAACAGAGAUAAUGGAAGUAACGAUGAACUUCUUCUGAAUCAUCUACACAAUGAAAUGUGCUACAAAAAAAUUAGCAAAACAAAUGAUGUGUUUGAACAAGAUAAUGGUAUUCAAAACGAUUUAAAAAAUUAUAUAGAAGAAAUAAAUGAAUAUGAACAUGGAAAUAAUAUUGAUGUGAAAUAUUUAAAUAAAGAUAUUGAUAUAAAACUUAGCGAAAAUAAAAAUAGGGAUAAUUUUACAGAUAGCUAUUAUGAUGAAAAUUAUGUCAAUUAUUCUGAUGAUUUAUAUAACGGAGAUGAUAUAGUUAACUGUGUUCAUAAUAAUGGAUAUUUUAGUAUUGACGAUCCAGAUGAUAGUAAUAUGGACCCAAGUUUUGAAAAUUUAUAUAGCAUUGAAGAUAGCAAUUUUAUGAACAAUCCAGAAUUUUCUUCAUUCUUUAUCGACAUAAUUGACAAUAAAUGUAUGGAUGAAAUGGGUGGUGUAAUUCAUAUGGGCAAUUAUAGUAAUGAUAAUUUAAAUACUGACUCUCAUUGUUUUAAAAAAAUUAGUCUUAUAAAUAACAAUAUUAACGGAAUUGAAGAAAACAAUAAUAGCAAUUCUACAACUACAACAACUAACACUAUCGAUAUUGCUAAAAAUAAAAUAUUCAUCAAUAAUGAUAAUGAAAAAAACAAUAUAAUCACAGAAUGUGAUGUUGAUAUAUUUCAUAGUAGCAACUAUUUAGAUAAUACAGUAAAUAAUUAUUAUGAUAAUACCACCAAAAAUACAAAAAUAAAUAAAUGUAUACUUUUUGAAUAUAAGAAAAACUCUAAUUUAUAUCCGAAAACUGGAUAUUUUAAUAAUGUAUCCACUAAUGAUACAAAUGUUAAAAGUGGAGAUGAUAUAUGGAAUCAUAACUCUAUGUCAAGUACAAAUUUGUCUUUAUUAAAUAGUGGUAUAUGUAAUGACAAAAUAAAUAGCUUUUCUUUUUAUUCAAAUAAUAUGGCAUCCCUACAAAAUAAUCCCAUACUAAAUAAUUCGAGAAAUAAUAAUAGUUUUAAUAACAUAAAUAAUUCAAAAGAAUAUAUUGAUUUUUUCUCAUAUAAAGAUACACCCAAUUAA